AUGGCAGACUAUCUAUACAUUGACGAAACACCCAAAGAGGUGAAAGAAGCCAAAGGCCUCCACCUGAUCACGCAAAACACACCCAACGGCCAAGCGACCCAGAUUCUUCUCGAGGAACUCGCCGACUCCUAUGGCACCACCUGGGGCACGACACUCAUCAACAUCAGUACAAACGUACAAAAGAAGGAGUGGUUUCUGCGCUUGAAUGCCAACGGACGUAUUCCUACUCUCGUGGACAACAGCCAGAAUCCUCCGUUCCCUGUUAUUGAAACCUCCGCUCAGUUGCUUUACCUCCUGAAGUUUUACGACAAGGAGGACAAAUUUGGCUUCAAGGACGAGUUCGAGCGUAACCAGGCACUCCAGUGGCUUUUCUUCUGGCACGGAGGUGGUGCGCCAUAUCAGGGACAAGUCAACCAUUUCACUCGCGCUGCUCCUGAGAAGAUUCCUUACGCAAUCAACCGCUACAAGAACGAGACCCUCCGCGUCUACGGCGUGCUCGAGAUCCAGCUCUCGGGUAUCUACACCGGCGGCGAACCCCGUGACUACCUGGCAGGCAGCGGUAAGGGAAAAUAUAGCAUUGCGGAUAUCAAGGCCUGGUCGUGGGUCAAGGGCUGGGAACGCUCUGGCUUCACCGCGGAAGACGUCAAGCCUUUCCCCAACCUACUCAAGUGGAUCGAUCGUAUCGCUGCCCGUCCUGCUGUGCAGCGCGGUAUUGGUGACAAAUAUAACCAGCAGUAA